AUCCCCUCUAUUAGCAGGUUUACGGUAUUCCUACACUCAUGGUGCUAGUGAGAGCUGCAAAUGUUCUUUUCCGUAGCAGAACUCUCUUAACUAUGACACCGCACAAAUUCAUCGAUAUCGGAGUGAACUUGACGGACCCCAUGUUCCGGGGAUCCUACAGAGGCAAGCAGAAGCACGAAGACGACUUUGAUCACAUCAUCGACAGAGCCGUCAAAGUGGGCGUCGAAAAGUUCAUGAUCACAGGGGGAAGCCUGCAAGACAGCAAGGAGGCCCUCGAACUGGCCCAGACCAGAGGCGACUUCUACUGCACCGCCGGCUGCCACCCGACCCGCUGUGGCGAGUUCGAGGAGGGCGGAGCCUCGGAGUACCUGUCCGAGCUGAGGCAACUGGCUGUGGCGCAUCGAGGAAAAGUGGUCGCCAUCGGAGAGUGCGGACUAGAUUUUGACAGGUUAGAAUUCUGCCCCAAAGAAACCCAACUCAAGUACUUUGAGAAGCAGUUUGAGCUGGCGGAGGAGACCAAGCUGCCCAUGUUCCUGCACUGUCGCAACGCACAUCAAGAUUUUUUGGACAUCAUGAGGAGGAAUCGAGACAGAUGUGCGGGAGGCGUGGUUCACUCGUUCGAUGGGACCACAGAGGAUGCCGCCGCUCUUAUCGACAUGGACCUCUACAUCGGAAUAAAUGGAUGUUCCUUGAAAAGCGAGGCCAACAUCAAAGCCAUGAAGUCCAUUCCCACUGAUAGACUCAUGAUAGAAACUGGUGCAGUAUUUAUGGCCUUAUGCUCCGUGGUGUGGCGUGAAGAACACGCACGCAGGUUCCAAAUAUGUCAAAACAACUUUUCCGACCAAGAAGAAAUGGGAGGCGGAGCACUGUUUGAAGGACAGGAACGAGCCGUGUCACAUCAUACAAGUUCUGGAGGUCAUGGCUGCAGCCAGGGAGGAAGACCCCGCGGAACUUUCCCACGCCAUCUAUAACAACACCGUCCGAGUGUUCUUCUCGUCCGCUUGCUGACGGCAAAAGCUUCGGUGAACUUUUUCGAGGCGAGUCAAGCGCCGACGUGAUCGGCAAAGCAAGAAAAUGAAGCGUGUUGACCAGUUUUAAUAGAUAUGUGCACAUGUGAUUCAAUAAAUAUCGCCUUAAAUUCAA